AUGGCCGCUUCCACAAAAUCCCUAGACGUUGCUCAACACAUCAGGUACUGGCAACGCUGCUUCAACUCGCAUCUUCCCAGCCUGUACACACCCAACGACUCUACCCGACUCACAUUCGCCUCCUUUAUUGUCUCAGCCUUGGAGCUUCUUUCCUCGCCCCUGUCUGCCGAGGAUCGCACCUCUAUCCAGUCGUGGGUUCUCAGUCUGCAACAUCCUGACGGAGGCUUCUGUGGCAGCCCUACGCACAUGCUACCAGGCCAGGAUGCCUUCAAGGGCUCGGCGAAUCUGGCCGCUACCUUUUUCGCCCUGCUUCUCCUGGCAAUUGCUGCGGACAGCGACGCCGAGGCCAGAGCCGCGUUUGCCCGCGUGAGACGAAGAAAGCUUCUGAGAUGGCUGAGGAGACUCCAGAGACAGGAUGGCAGCUUCGGUCAGGUCCUCUGGGAGGGAGAGGCCGUAGGCGGGAGGGACAUGCGCCACAGCUAUCUUGCGAGCUGCAUCAGGUGGAUGCUGCGGGGGGGCUUGGACAAGGACCAGGACCCGGCCGGGCACGAGGACGACAUUGAUGUCGGCAGAAUGGUCCAUCACAUACGUCAUACGCAGACGUACGACGGUGGGGUGGCUGAGGCAUCGGAGCACGAAUCUCACGCUGGGUAUGCGUAUUGCGCGAUCGGAGCUCUAUACAUGCUGGAUCGACCGCCGUCUUGGGACGCUCCGCACAAAAGCUCGUUCAUCAGCCAGACUCUGGCAGACAAGAAGGGCCUAGUCCAGUUUCUCGUCCACAGGCAGUUCAACUAUCUCGCCGAACAAGAGAGCCGGGAUUUGGACGGGGACGGUGAAAAUUUUAUAGAGACCAAGCUAGGGGACCUGGGUGCAGGACAAGGAUGCACCCACGUGGGAUGGAACGGGCGAUGGAACAAGAAGGCGGACACUUGCUAUAGCUGGUGGGUUGCAGCAACACUCGCGAUGGUUGACUCGUGUCACGCAGUCAACAUCCCGGCCUCGCGCAGAUAUCUCCUCGAAAUGACGCAGCAGAAGUUCGGCGGCUUCUCCAAGUGCGCGGGCGGGCAUCCGGAUCUCUACCACUCAUACCUGGGUCUGGCGGCGCUGGCAGUCAUGGUAGACGACGACUUGAAGCAGUUGGAUGUGGCGUUGUGCUGCAGCAAAGAAACCGUGAGGAAGGUUCAGCUGGCCAGGGACGGACUUCUGGAUGCAUGCAGGGAGAGAGAAGACUUUGGCAGCGACGGCUUCUGGGAAAGCCAAAGUUGA